AUGGGGCCCGUCAAUAUGGUUAUAACUAGACCGCGACUCUCUUCUCUGUCGGUCUUGUCCAUUCUCUUUCUCCCUACUUGUCUGGUGGUCGCAGAACUUUAUUCGUACUACUAUCCACGCUGGCAUAAGACAGAAUUGACCUCUGCUGCGACCUAUUGUUUGAUCCAGAUUGCCUGCCAGUCGACGUCUUUUAUGCUUUGUGGCAAUCGUAAUUAA